GUGGUGUUGCUUGCUACUCUAAUAAUGAAAUGUUUCAAAGUGAAGACUAUGAUGACAACUUGGUUGAAUUCAAUAUUGGUGGUAGUGAUGAACCUUCAGAUAUAAGUGGGGAAAAUAUUUCAUGUUUAGAUAUAAAAAGUUUUAUUGAUUUAAACCAUGAUAUGUAA